AGGAGGAGGAGGAGUCUGUUUGUUGACAUCGGACGAAACCGAAAAUCAGAUGAGUGAAGACUGGCAAUAACAUACAGAUUUGUCGCCGUCACCACGACAAAUUGCCUUGGCGAAAGCCAAGGUGUUGUUUUGGUCGGUCCCGCUCCGUCUUUGAUUCGACCCAGGGAAGAGGAGGCAAUCAUGGCGGCCAAGGCAGGAGACAAUCCUGACAGCCUCAUGACGCUGGCGACAGUCUUUUGCCUCAGAAAUUUAAGGAAGACGAUGUGUUAUCAAGGAAUCAAAAACAAGCUCUCUCUGCGCUCCGACAUCUUCCUUCCAAGUGAAAUCUGUGACAAGUUGGUCAACACAUAUAUGGAGCUGGUCCACACGGAUAGCAACUUUGAACCAGAGGAGAGUUUCUUUCAGCUUUUCUCAGACCCUCGAAGCACCAGACUGACCAGAGUGCAGUUGCGAGAGGAUUUUGUCCGGGACAGAGACCUGGAAGCCAUCCGAAAACAGGACCUGAUCGAGCUGCACCUCACCUACUGCAACAGCCUCUCGUCCCGCAGCCUGAAGACGCUGGCCAGCUUCCGCGAGACCCUGCUCUCCCUCUGCCUGUUCGGCUGCAGCCACAUCUUCUACAAGAAGGGCGGCGCUCCGCUGGCCUGCAACGAGGACACGGACGACGAGGAGGAGGAGAGCCCCGCUUCCAGACAAGCCUUGGAGACGGACUUUAGUUUCCAAGGAUUUAACCGCCUCAGGCUGCUCAACCUGGGGGGGCUCCCUGAUGAGGUGGAUGCCGAGACCCUGCUCAAACCCCUGAAGUCCAUCACCUCUCUAGACCUGUCUAAUGUACACUUGAUGGGAACAGCUUUUCUGUCUCAGUGGAAAGAAAGACUGGCGUCUCUUGUGCUCUACAACGUGGACCUGUCAGAGGAACUGGUCAACACAGUGGUUGAGCUAGUUAAUCUCAGGCAUCUGGACAUCUCACGGGAGAGCAGGCGGACCACAAAGUUCAAGAUGACCAGGAGAAUCUUGACCGCCAUCGUUCAACGACUGGUCAACCUGGUUUCACUGGACAUCUCAGGUCACAUUAUGCUGGAUAACUGCACAGUCCCACAUUUUGAAGAGGCUAUGGGGCGUCCUAGCAUUGAACCAUGCAAGAGUAGCAUCUAUCCUUUCCAGGAACUUAAGAGGCCCCUGCAGUUUCUGGGAUUGUAUGACACCACCCUGUGCAAUGUGACACACAUCCCUGCUUACAAGGUUACAGGCUCAAAAAACGAGGACCAGGUUCUGAAUGCCAUCGAGGCCUACACGGAGUUCCGCCCUGAGCUGGCCCACCGGGCCAUCAACCAGCUGUUUGACAUAGCCAGGAUACAACACUGCAGCCAGCUUCUCCGAGCUUUGCAACUUGUAAUAGCCGCUUUGAAAUGCCAUAAGUAUGACAAGAGCAUCCAGGUAACGGGGAGCGCGGCUCUUUUCUACCUGACCAACACAGAGUACCGGAGUGACCAAAGCGUGCGGUUGCGGCGGGAGGUCAUUCAGGUGGUUUUGAAUGGAAUGGAACACUACCAGGAAGUCACUGUCCAAAGGAACUGCUGCUUAACGCUGUGUAACUUCAGUAUUCCAGAGGAGCUGGAGUUCCAGUACAGUCGGGUCAACCAGCUGUUACUGAAAAUCCUGGAGCCUGCCCGGCAGGAUGAGUCCAUCCAGAGAAUCGCUGUCCACCUCUGCAACGCUUUGGUCUGCCAGGUGGACAACCACCACAAGGAAGCAGUGGGGAAAAUGGGAUUCGUCAAGACAAUGCUGAACUUGAUUCAGAAGAAGCUACAGGACAGAAUGUGUGACCAGGUCAUGGAGUUUUCCUGGAGCGCGCUGUGGAACAUCACCGACGAGACGCCUGACAACUGUCAGAUGUUCCUCAACUGUCGGGGCAUGAGUCUCUUCCUGGAAUGUCUACAGGAAUUUCCAGAUAAGCAGGAGCUUCACCGCAACAUGUUGGGCCUCUUAGGAAACGUAGCUGAGGUCAAAGCUCUGAGACCCCAGUUGCUCACCCCGCAGUUUAUCACUGUGUUCAGUAACCUCCUGGACAGUAAGGCGGAUGGAAUCGAGGUGUCCUACAACGCGUGCGGCGUGCUUUCGCACAUCAUGUUCGACGGGCCAGAAGUCUGGCUGAUGGAGGACCCACGCAGAGACACGGUGAUGAACAGAAUGUGGGUCGCCAUACAGAGCUGGGACGUCAGCUCCCGCCGCAACAUCAACUACCGGUCGUUCGAGCCCAUCCUGCGACUGCUGCCUCAGGGCAUCUCCCCGGUCAGCCAGCACUGGGCCACGUGGGCUCUUUACAACCUGGUGUCAGUGUACCCAACCAAGUAUUGUCCAUUGCUAAUAAAGGAAGGAGGAAUAAGUCUUUUGGAGAAAGUCUUGGAGCUGGACAGCUCACAUCCAGAGACAAAGGACAUGGCAAGGAAAGUAAUGGAGCAAUGUGAGACUUUCAAAGAGGACCCCAUGGAAACUAAUAAUGGACAAGAGGUAAACUAUGGACAAAGAGGUUGACGCCACUGGAGUCGGUAACGGUCGAGCAAAACCCACCCCCCCCCGAGGCCCCACGCCAC